AAGCACACAAUAAAGUGUGCGACACUUUAGUUAUAAAAAUAUAAAACAUUUUUGUGUUUAAUAUAAAAAACUUGUCUUCAGAUCUGCUAAUUAUAGUGACCGCCGAAGUUUGUGACCACAAGUAAUACGACAACAAUAUGAUGAACAUCGAAGAAGUCAAGACUGUGUCCAAAAGUCAACGGAUAUCAGCGCACAGUCACGUCAAAGGACUCGGUCUCGACGAUAGCGGUUUGGCCACUGACUUGUCGUGCGGUUUAGUCGGACAGAAGAUGGCCAGAGAGGCUGCCGGUAUUGUUGUCGAGUUAAUCAAAAUGAAGCGAAUGGCCGGUCGAGCGGCACUUUUUGCUGGCCCGCCCGGUACUGGUAAGACGGCCAUAGCGUUAGCCAUAUCACAUGAGUUAGGAUCUAAAGUACCCUUCUGUCCGAUGGUUGCCUCCGAAGUGUACUCUACCGAAGUCAAGAAGACUGAGGUACUGAUGGAAAACUUUCGGCGCGCUAUUGGUCUCCGAAUUAAAGAAGUAAAAGAAGUAUAUGAAGGAGAGGUCACUGAAAUGACGCCCACAGAGACUGAGAAUCCGUUGGGCGGUUACGGCAAGACUAUUAGCCAUAUUAUUAUCGGUUUGAAGACAGCGAAAGGCACUAAACAACUAAAACUUGAUCCCAGUAUUUAUGAGAGUCUACAGAAAGAGCGCGUAGAAGUCGGUGAUGUUAUCUAUAUUGAGUCCAAUAGUGGUUCAGUUAAAAGACAAGGACGUUGUGACGCCUAUGCAACUGAGUAUGACUUGGAGGCCGAAGAGUAUGUGCCGCUUCCCAAAGGAGAUGUUCAUAAAAAGAAAGAAGUGGUUCAAGACGUAACUCUUCACGACUUGGAUUCAGCCAACGCUCGACCACAAGGAGGACAAGAUAUCCUGUCGAUGAUGGGACAGCUGCUGAAGCCGCGAAAGACAGAGAUCACCGAUAAGUUAAGAAAAGAGAUCAACAAAGUGGUUAACAAAUAUAUAGAUCAGGGAAUUGCCGAACUGGUAACCGGAGUGUUGUUCAUCGAUGAGGUCCAUAUGUUAGACAUCGAAUGCUUCACUUACUUACACCGGGCACUCGAGUCAGAUAUCGCACCGAUAGUCAUAUUUGCCUCAAAUCGCGGCCGAUGUAUAGUCCGCGGUACCGAAGAUGUAUAUUCACCGCAUGGUAUACCACUUGAUCUAUUAGACAGACUUAUGAUCGUAAAGACAGUUCCUUAUACUCAACAAGAGAUGCUUCAGAUUUUGCGGAUCAGAGCCCAAACUGAAGGCAUUCACAUCGAUGACGAUGCGCUCAUCUAUCUGUCUGAGAUCGGCACCAACUCGACGCUCAGGUAUGCGAUACAGUUGAUGAAUCCGGCCAUGCAGUUGGCCCGUGUCAAUCAGGUGCCCAGUAUUGACCUCAAAAUUAUCAAAGAAGUUAAUGAACUAUUUUUCGAUGCAAAACAAUCGGCAAAAGUAUUGGCCGAAAAUAAUGCCAAAUAUAUUAAGUGAAUAAUAUAAAUAAUCACUUAAUCACUUCCAAUA